AUGCCUUUUCACUGGGAAAGAUUGACAGCAACUGAUCGAUCUCCUAAUAACCGCGGCCAAGUGGAGCACGAUGACGAGGUUCUCAACGCGAAACUGAUACGGCGCACAACAUACCGUGAACUCUUAGAUACACCCAUCAAAGAAUUCUUCCUGCAACCACAGCCGUCACAGUCCACUAAAGACGAGCUCACCACGUCUGAAGGUCCGGCGUGCGCAGAUGAUUCGUACUUCUCCAAGGUCGGCCACCUCGGUCUUCGAGAAGCAGCAUUCUUCCGACGACGAAGGCUUAGAUUUCAGACCAUGGACAGCAUGAUUGAGGAAGCAAGGCAGGAAAGAGCAAGACCUAGGGCAACUCUCACUGUGGGACGACGAUACUUUACAUUUAGGCGGUGA